UGUGUAGCGAUGUCAGCUCCACUCGGGCCCCGGGGCCCAGGCGCCCCCCCGCCGGCUGGAGCCCUACCCGACCUGCCGGACCUCAGCCACCUCACCGAGGAUGAGAGGAAGAUCAUCCUGGGCGUCAUGGACCGACAGAAAAAGGAAGAUGAGAAGGAACAGUCAAUGCUAAAGGUCAAAGAAGAACAAAAGCCUCAGCCGGCACAGUGGUUUAGUCCCUUUAGUGGGAUCACUGAGCUGGUAAAUAACGUUCUGCAACCUCAGCAAAAGUCCCAAAAUGAGAAGGAGCCUGAGCCUGUGUCUGAGCCUGAGACGAAGUUGCACCAGCAGUUUGAGAGCUACAAGGACCAGGUGAAGAAGAUGGGGGACGAUACGACCCCGCAGACGGGGACGACAGGAGAACCCCAGAAGAACCCCAACGACUCUCCUACCUGCGGGAUUUGCCACAAAACCAAAUUCGCUGACGGCUGCGGCCACCUCUGUUCAUAUUGCCAAACGAAAUUCUGUGCUCGGUGUGGAGGACGAGUGUCUCUGCGGUCAAAUAAGGUUAUGUGGGUAUGCAACUUGUGCCGAAAACAACAAGAAAUCCUAACCAAGUCGGGAGCGUGGUUCUACAGCAGCGCCGCAGGGCCACGGGGCAGGUCUGAGGGCCCCAGGGUUCGACGUCACGAGGAGGCUCCCCAGGAGAAGAAGGCCAAACUGCAGCAGGAUCUCCUCUACCAGGGGCCCACAGGGGACAUAUCAGCAGAUAGAAGCAGACCUCCUGGGCUCCCCAGACAAGGCUCCCUCAACAACGGCUCAGGGCUGAGGCACUCAGGUCAAGGACAGGACAUAGACAGCCCCUGUGAAAAGAAGCCCAGGCACCUAUACCCUAGCCCUAGCCCUAAACUCAAGCCCAACCCCAGCUCCAGCCGUAUACCCCAGGCCCAGCCCUAUACCCCGACCCAAUACUCCAGCCUCAGCCUCAGCCCCAUCCCUACAUCCUAG